AUGUUUUUCAAGUCCCUGGCCAUUGCUUCGUUGGCCCUUUUGGCUGACCAGGCAUCCGCAGCCUUCGGAAUUACUACUAGCGAUGCUUCGUAUGUAAUCGAUGCUGGCUCUUCGAACUCCCUCAAGUUUACUGUCAACCGGAAAAACUGCGACAUUAAUUCCAUCAAUUACUAUGGGUCUGAGCUGCAAUACAAGUCGACUGGUUCUCAUAUCGGGUCGGGUCUUGGUAGCGCAACUGUGUCUGCAACUGAAAGUGGCGACUACAUUAAGGUGACAUGCGAAACAUCCACUUUGACGCAUUAUUAUGUUGUCCACAAGGGGGAUUCGACCAUCCACAUGGCAACAUAUACGACUGCGGAGCCCAGUAUUGGAGAACUCCGAUAUAUCGCGCGCCUGAAUGCAGACCUGCUCCCCAGCGAAGAGCCAUUUGGCGAUGUGUCCAAUACCGGAGGUGGUUCUGCUGUUGAGGCAGAGGAUGUGUUCUUAGUUGACGGAGAAACGCGAAGCAAGUUCUACUCUAGCCAACGGUUUAUUGAUGACAAUAUCCACUGUGUCGCUGGAAGCGCACACCGCGUCUGCAUGAUCUUGAAUCAAUACGAAACAUCCGCUGGUGGACCUUUCCAGCGUGAUAUCAACACCAACAAUGGCGGCUCUUACACUGGCCUAUACUGGUACAUGAAUUCCGGACACGUUAAGACCGAGACCUACCGCCAGGGCUUGCACGGCCCUUCCAAGCUCGACACAUCGUUCUUUGCCGACCUCGAUAUCAAGGGAUAUGUUGCCACAUCUAAGAGAGGCUAUGUUAAGGGUACUGCAUCCGGGGCGGACUCGACUUUUAAAUGGGUGAUCCACUGGAAAAAUGAUGACGCACAGUACUGGACCUACGCUUCAUCUUCCGGGGCUUUCACCUCCCCCGCCAUGAAGCCCGGCACCUACGACAUGGUAUACUAUCAGGGCGAAUUCUCCGUUGCCACCUCGUCGGUGACUGUUACUGCCGGAUCAACCACGUCGAAGAGUAUCUCCGGGUCUGUAAAGACAGGAACAACAGUGUUCAAGAUUGGAGAUUGGGAUGGAACACCAAACGGCUUCCGAAACGCGGCCAACCAGCUCCGCAUGCAUCCCUCCGACAAGCGCAUGUCUUCCUGGUCCCCAGGAACAUACACAGUUGGCAGCUCUAAACUCUCCGAUUUCCCCAUGGCUCUCUUCAAAGCGGUGAACUCACCAUUGACAAUUAAAUUCACGGCAUCUUCUUCGCAGACCGGAGCUGCGACCCUGAGAAUUGGUACGACUCUUGCCUUUGCGUCUGGUCGGCCCCAGGUUGUGGUAAACAAAUAUUCGGGCGACAUCCCAUCUGCCCCAACUAACCUCAACUCCCGUGGCGUGACUCGCGGCGCAUACAGAGGUCUCGGAGAGGUUUACGAUAUUAAGGUUCCGGCUGGAACUAUCGUCGCUGGAACUAACACUAUCACCAUCAGUGUUGCUUCUGGUAGCUCUGGAGAUGAUUACCUGAGUCCGAACUUUAUCUUCGACUGUGUGGAGCUCUUCCAGUAA